UUUUCCAACCAACGUCUUUUAAUUUCAGUUUUUUUUUCUUUUCUGUUUCUUUAACAACUAGAGUAGAAGACAUAUCAACAUAGCAUGCUGGGAAGCACUCAAGGAUUCGUCGCUAUCCCACAGCCAUUUUCUGAACCGCACACUUAUGACGAUUCAGACUAUAAUGUCGAUUUGCAAUAUUCGUUGAAUGGAGAUUCGUAUGAUUACAAAGAUGAAUUCAACGAAGAUUUCGCUUUUCAGCAUGCCAUUUGCCCGCAAGCACCGCCACCAUCACCCCAAGAACCAUCUUUACUGGAUGCUGUGUUUGCCCAGCGAUUGUCUAAUACGUUGAAAAGUGUAGUGGAAGCAAGGAGACGUUCCAGUUUGGCCUCAGUUCAUUCGGCAAGGCUACCAUCCCCAGCCUCCCCUAUUGACUGCGACUCUAAUUCAACUAUGGAAUCGACUUUCUCACAGCAUGCCGGAGCUUUGAACGAGCUUUUACGAAAAAUCGCUGGUUCCAGUGGUAAAGUGCGGAAGUCACCAAAAGAAGUGCACAAACGUCGAAACAAACGAGCUUCCAAAAUUCCAGUUGCCUCACUCAGGCUUCAUGAAAAAUAUACAAGAGAUCAGACCACGGCGAAUCACAUGCAUCCUUCUGUGAUACUCGCCUCAGAGUCCGCUUGUUCUCGAGAAUCUAAGGCUAAACAGCAACAGUUACAACGAACAGCCGAUGCUGCUAGCAAAUUGCACAUGUUGAAGGUGCUAUCUGAAGCAAACGAUUCAGAAAAAUCAGCAGUACUGGAAGAAUUGAUAUAUGAACUGAAGGGCAUGGGCCUGUAAGCUUUUUGCUUGACUUACCUAUUUGUUCACUGCACUAUUUUUUUUUGCACAUACAUUUUUCUUCUCUCAUGUUAUUUUAGACCUUGCAGUUAUAUCCAUCCCAUAACCCUUUCCUUUCCUUUUGUGUGCCAUUAUUUGCACCUUUUGUUCAUUAGCACUAUUUUCCCUUCUCCAUAAUGUACAUAACCAAUACAAAACAAUUAAAAAUAUACGUUCCCCCUAAAAUUCAGCGUA